AUGGCAAAACUCACCAUUUGUUUGCUAUUCAUGUUCUCACUUUCUAUCCUCCUUCCGGGUAGUGUCACGAGUUGUCAACGAUGCUCUAGGGCUAGAGCAUUUGUCAUACUCUCGUGCAAAACUACCCGGUAUCCUAAGAUGUGUGAAAAAUCGUUAUCUAAAUAUGUUAACGCAACUAACUUGAGUCAUCGUCAGUUGGCUCAAAUUGCGUUAAGAGUUAGCUUGACCGAAGCUAGAUUUACUCGAUCCUACUUAAUGAAGAUGGCUAGUAGGCUCAAAAAAGAUCAUUGGAAGGAAUCCCAAGCUAUAGGGGAAUGUAUAGACCAAAUCAACGAUAGUGUUGCACAACUUAGACUCUCACUUAGGGAGCUCAAUAGAUGUAACGAUCAAGUUAGUGUUGAUGAUUUCUUAUGGCAUAUGAGUAAUAUUGAGACUUGGGCUAGUACUGCUCUUACGGAUCAAAUUAAUUGUGCGGCCGUCUUUGAAGGUAAUGCUCGUGGGAAGAUUGUAAGAAGUAGGGUUCGGGCUAAGGUCAAGGAUGUUACUCAAGUUACAAGCAAUGCUUUGGCUUUGCUCAAUCGCUUUGUUACAAGGCAUCGAUUCGCUAGACGAGGGAGCCGUCUUAGUCCGUAACAUUAAUUGAACUUUUUCUACUCUCUUCGUCGUUCUAAAUUUGCUUCUGACAAUAACAUAUCGAGACAACUUGUUAUUGUUAGUAGUAAAAUUACAAAAACGAUGGGAGUAGAUGCUUGAAUGACUUAAUCCCAAAUGUUUGAUAUUUAUUUAUUAAAUAAUUAAUUAGUUUUAUACUUAUGUGGUGUACUUAAUUCUAAUUUCAAGGAUUAC